AUGGCUCCUCUCACUUUCAGCGCCACCGCAAAGACAUGCAGGACGCACAUUCGCGACGUCUUCCACCUCCUCACCUCUUUCACGCUCGACAACCGCGGGAACCUCCAGACCCAUGACACGAUCAAGCGACCAAGUCUCGCCCAGAAGGAGUUUUGCGACGCUUGGGUGAGGCCGUUGUGGUCCGAGAUCCACGAGAUCGGCCUUGCAGAGGCGGAAAGCGGCAGGACACCAUUCCUCGCAACACUCACUUUCCAAGACCAGCUCGACGACAUCAAGAUGGAGCUGGGAAGGGCUGUUGCAUUCGCACAGAAUUGCGAGCAAGUCGGGCACUACGGGCCCGAGAUGGCUUUCAUCACCCGCCACUGGUCCCUCCAAGUAUUGAUUCACCUGACGACACUCCCUCGACGCCAGUGGCGCGCCAGCAUGGAUCAGUGCUGGGAGGAGGUUCAACGAUUUACCCAAGCACUUGUUGAAGGCGCGGCAGCGGAUAGGCAUCAGCGCGACGUCGACAAGGGGAUCUGGCAGAACACGGACGAGCAGCAGCAAUACGAACUCGGCUGUGACCCGAGGAUCUCGAGGAGGGCGGCGGCGCGGUACUUCGAGUCGACGCCGGCGCGGUGGGCUGCGUCGAGGUACUGA